AUGCCGCCAUUAAUGUCGACCAGCAGCAGUGAGGCAAAAGAAGACUGGGGACAGGAGAACCAAGGGAAUGACCGUGGAGAACAACCUACGAUUGAAGAAGUCGACGGAAGGAGAUUUAGAAUCAACAGACGUGAAAUGGCUCAACAUCUUGAAAGAUUUAGGCUAACUGGUCGCCGUACUAACAAGGUGUGGACGACAAGAACGAAGUUAGAAUCUAGUGAGUCGUGUGAAACCGAGAAGGAACUAUCAAAAGCAAGCACUACAUCAACCCAUGAGCAACAAGGAAGGUCCCAGGACGAUCAGACAACGAAAUCAGGGAAUCAACCAGGAACCACAGAUAAGUAG